AUGUCUAGACAGGUAUUCCAAACGCUCACUAAUCGCGAAACGCACAGAGUCUGACUGUUUGCAGCGAAUUGCCGCACACUACUCCCGCCUCCUCGCCCGCUGGCCCAAAGACCAACUCCGUCCCGAGAAACAAUUUUCCUCCAUCCUCCAACAACGGACCCAGAAGCCUCCCGUGCCCUACCGCGACGAAGAAAAAGAAGUAAAUUCCGCAUACCUUCUACUCGAUAACGCGAUCACAAAGCAAUUCCCUCUGCAGGAGAAAUUGUUGAGACCAGCGAGUAAUCCGGAACAUUACGAGGCAUUGAAGAGGGAAUUGGAGGAGCUGCCGAAUAGGAGCUGGUUGCAGAACUUUACGAAUAGGAUGAAGAGGAUGGUGCGCUUUACUUGA